AUGUCGGGAUAUAUUUAUAAACCACCACCUCCACCGCCACCACCGGCACCUGCGCCUGCUACUAAUUCCUCGUAUCGUGGCCGCGGAAGAGGGGGGGGGAGGAGGGGAGGAGGAGGAGGAGGAGGGGGAGGAGGGAAUAAUAAUCAUGGGCAGCGCGGUCGAGGUUGGGGGUCCAACGCGAGAGGUGGGGGUGGAGGGCGAGGAUAUCGUGAUCCUCUAGCCUUUCCACAAGCACACUACAACCCAUAUUUCCCACAACCGCCGAACCAAUAUGGACCCCCGCAGCAGCAACAAUUCAACGUAAACUCGCUCUACCACCUACACCCCUUACCACUCCCGGCCCCUCCCCAAUGGCCCCAGCAAAACCAGCAACCACAGCAACCACAGCAACCACAGCAUCAGACACCAUCCUACCUCUCAUACUCCCAAGAGAAAUCCACCCCAGCACCCACCCUGACCAGCACAUCAUACAAAACCGCACAAUCUGGCUGGCCAGCAACUCCCUCCUACGCUCACUUCACCCCACCCACUCCGCAACUCCCACUGCCAUCGCCGUCGGCACCACGAGCAAGAAAGGAUGAAAAGCCAGAUAUGGACGAGGAAACCUGGCUCCGGCUGAAUGGGUAUGUACGCUAUUUAUUGCUCCUAGGCUUCGCAGAGGCUUUGCAGAGAAGGGUACUGAUUGGUGUUGAAAAGUGGGAAAUUGCUGGGCACGAAUUUGAAACCCCCAGAGACGCCCGAGGAGAUCGAGGAGUGGAUCCGUGAAAGGAAGAGGAUGUUUCCUACUAGAGAGAGGGUUGCUGCUAAGGUUUGUUUGCUCCUACUUAUUCCUCGUUACUUGUUACUGGGGGAGGGGGAGGAGGGUGAUGAGCAGCUGAUUUAUGUGGGAGCUAGUUCAAGGAAGAAGAAGAGAAGAGAAGGUUUGCUGAAGCUUCUGGCGCUGGCGCUGGCGCGGAGAGGGUACUUACCCAUAUUCCCACAAUGCCCCCCCGUCAGGCACUAACCACCGCCCAGCAGCCCGCCCAGAACAAACGCAAACGCACCGAGCAGGGCCCCGACAGCGAUCACCCCUCGGAUCCCUUGCCAGACCCGGACCCGGACACGGACUCAUGCUCCCAAUCCUCCUCCCCGGAAGAGCUAUCCGCUUCCAAAAAACCACCCCCCCAUUCCCUCACCACAUCUCCAUCGCCACGGAAGAAACCCACGAAACAUGCCGCCCUAUGCCAUGUAUUCAAAACCACCGGCAAGUGUAGAUUCGGCGGGGGGUGUCGGUAUAGACACGCUCCUCCGGAGAGUAAGCAGAAGCAGGGGAAGGAGAGGAAAGGGGUUAAGUCGCUCUAUCAGCGGGUAUGUUAUUUCCCUAUGGUUAUAAUUGGGGGGGACGGUUGUGCUGACGGAUGGUAGUUACUCGACCAAGAUAGAGAGAAAGAGAAUGAAAUUGUCAUCAGCGCUGUUCGGUAUCUUUUUGAGAGGGGGUUGCUGAGUGUUCCUGCGGCUGGGGGUGGGGAGUAGCUUGUAAUGAAUGAUAUUAUUAUACUUUAGCAAGGGGAAUUGGUGGGGAAAUGAUUCGAUAAUGUAUCGUGCUGUGCUCGAGUACUUGUAUUAUAUGAUUAUUUAUUCACAUAUUUUGUCUACCGGUAUUUGUCCCCGUCUAUGCCUGACCUACCGGUACUUGCACAGUAAGCACAGUGAGUUGCUCACCGCGUACCGUAGCGUACUGUACUGUACAGUACCGGCACUGCAUGUUGCGUACCGUGGGCCCAGUCCUACCGCUACCUGUACCAUAACCAACGCCUGUCCCUCGGAUGUUCCCACAAUCCACAGUCAAUGACGUAUGCGGCUCAACUCGUACCUGGAAU